AUGGCAAAUUCAAUAACGGCACCCCAACCCUUUUGGAGUUCUUCUACUGAGAGGCCUACUGCGCAACAAUGGUUGAGUUGCUUUUACUCCUUGGCGGAAAUUGCACGAUUGAUGAUACAGGGAAAAUUAAAUUACCGCGCCACCAUCUCGGGCCAGCGACAUUUCGACAGUUUACAAGUACUUACUAAGCUAGACCUAAAACCUGUGUUCUAUUCCCUGGACCGAAUAUGGGGGGAAAAGCCCCAUGUAUUUACUCUUCGGUAUAAAUUCAGCGCCAUGCGACAACAACCAAAUGAGACUGUAAAUGAGUUUAUCUCUCGUCACCUUACUGCUCUCCCUGACUGCGCCUAUGAUCAGAUCCUUCCAGCCCAGUUCGAAGAAGCGAUGCUGUUACAGGCAUUAAUCGUGGGUGUUUUCGAUGAGAAGGCACGAGAACGUCUGCUCUCCGAAGAUGAAACGCUGCUGACGUGGGAGAAAGCAUGUGAUAUAGUCCGACAGCGUGCCAACCUCGUCCAUGAACUAGGCACAUUUCCCUCUUCAAAUCGAUCAAUCUCACAUGACGUAAACAAGGUCUACCGGACUAACCGUGGACAUGCCUUACCUCGCCCCGUACAGCACAAGGAAUUCCGUUGUUACCGUUGCGGGGAGAAUCACUUGUCCCCGACUGACUGUCUGCACAUUCAUUCAUUAUGCAGACUUUGUGGAAAAAUGGGUCAUAUUCAGGAAGUGUGUCUAUCCAAGCGUAAAUCACUCGUCCAGGAACAAUCUAAGGCUACAAACUGCAUUACCGAUGCAUUGCACCAGAAUUGGAUUAACACCACAACCGUUUUUAAUCGCACCAUUACAGCAGAAAAACCGUUUGUCGUAUCCGUCCAAGCAAACGAACAACCUGUAGAGUUUGAAAUUGUUACCGGUUCCGCAGUAAAUUUGAUCCGACCAGACGCCUUAUCCCAACUUCCAAGCUGUGUCCACCGAACAUGCAGUUGCGAUCUUACACGGGGCAGAUGGUGA